AUGCUCGCGGGCCGGGCUUCCGAUUGCCUCAGCUUUGUCUGUUGUGCACUUCCUGCCCGCGCUGUACAGGGUACUUUGAAUUGGGACAUCGCGCGGAAGUUCUGGUUUACAUUCCUUUUCUUGACUGUCAUCUGUGCCAAAUUACUCCACAUAUACGCUCAUUGGGACUCAGUACCACUCCAAAAGUUGAUUUUGUGGGGUUCCACAUUCUUCCUACAGGACUUCUUCUUUCUGCUUGCUGGAUACGCAUUGACGCAGAAUUUCCAAUGGAGGAUCACGCGCAUUCUGGCUGGAUUGGUGGUAGUAUGUACCAGCCUCAUCAUCUCCGUCAUGGCGGCCGCAAACACAUCCUUUUAUAUUCUUACUGGAGCGGAAAUUCAUUGGCGCCAAGCAGGCUCCUUUAACGCCGAUCCCGCCGCUGUCAACACCCUGCUUACCGGCCUGACGGGUCUCGUGAUUGUCGAAGCUUUGCUCUUGGUUGCGUCCAUGUUCGCGUCGCCAUAUCCAUAUAAUGGCAUGGAAGCUAUCGUGGAUAUCUGGAGCCGUGUUGCUGUGGCAGUGUGGAGACCUACGUCGCAGGCAGCAAAACCGGCAGUCGACGCUUUGUUGAUUCGAUACCAGCCGGUGGUAGAGCGCGUUUUAAGUCGCACCGCUCGCGGCAAACAAUUCCUCGCCAAUAUGAAGAUCUAUGAGCCACUUGCAUUGAGCGACUAUGACGAAGAAGAUAAAAUCAUGUCAAACUCGGCCCCGCUACUCGAAGAACCAGCACAGGAUGCCCAGCCCACGAAGAUGGAACAAUGGGGCCAUGCGAAGGUGAUCAAGACCGGGAUUAAGACCGCCCUUGUCAUCGCGGCCACCCUCUUCGUGCUCAUUUUGCGAUGUUUCCGUCCAGCAAAUGAAUCAUAUGGCUUUCUUUCCCAGACUAUAUUCUUAUCCCCAUUCAGCGGCGUCGACUCGCAGACCAAAUUGGCGGGUAUCACCGAGGAGCAUGAGUUGCAUGGAAAAUUGACUGCUUUGACUACGCCACCGGAGUUCGACUGGUUCCCAGAGGGCGAUUGGCCCGGUUUCAGAGACUGGAAGCUUUCCUCUGAAGGUGCAUUUGAACAUAAGCAUUACAAUUCGACUGAAGAUCCUAUCCACAUCUCCAAUUUGGACGAGGAUGUGCUCGAGCCUCUUCGCGCGGUCCUGAAAAGCAAAGACUUCAAGAUCAAGCACGUUCUAGUCUUCAAGAUGGAAAGCACUCGGUUUGACGUUUUCCCGCUGCGAAACGGUACAUAUAUGCACGAACGGAUUUUGGACUCAUACAAGGACAGGGAGAUUCCGGAGGAUGUCCAGAAGCGCUUGAAUAAUCUUACUCACACUGCUGAGCGUCUCACUGGCGUAGAGUCCGGCUUCCACAAGAACGAAACGGUGAAACCGUACGGUGGUAUCUAUGCUACCAACUCAUACACUGCCGGCACCUUCACGUUGAAGAGUAUCGAAGGAACGACUUGCGGUCUUUCGCCACUAGUCAUGGACUUUAACCACGAAUACGAGCACCACAUUUACCAACCCUGCAUGCCGCAUGUCCUUGACGUCCUCAGUGCCAGCACAAACGACAGCACCAGUGCUGACUUCACCAACUGGCCAUGGCGACCACGAUUCAUGCAGUCGAUUACCGAUUCGUACGAUCACCAAGACCGCCUCACGCCUGCUCUGGGUUUCAAGUCGGAGAAUAUUAUUACUGUCGAGUCUAUCGAUAAAGAACACCUAAACGAUACGUCAUUCCACGGCGAAAAGUUCAAUUUCUGGGGUUACCCUGAUCAUGACCUGGCGAGUUAUUUCCGGGAUGCUAUUACCCACGCGGAAGAGAAUCAUGAGCGGCUUUUCCUUGAGCACUUGACUGGAUUGACCCACCACCCGUGGGAUACUCCCGGCAAGAAAUAUGAAGAGCUGAUCAGCUCUUCCUGGGGCGGAAAUAAUGAAGAUAUCAACAAAUAUCUCAACACGAUUGGUAUCAACGAUAAGUGGUUCGGUACCGUGCUCGAUAUUCUCGAGGAGACCGGCGUUGCCAACGAGACCCUCGUUAUCAUGACAGGUGACCAUGGUCUCUCUCUUCUCGAGGAUAACAGCAUCACUCCCUACGAUAACCCGCACGUCGCCAACUUCCACGUUCCACUAGUCAUUUCCCACCCUCACCUUCCCCCAAUCCAAAUCAACUCCUCAACAACCUCAAUUCAAAUCCUCCCCACAAUCCUCGACCUCCUCCAACAAUCCGAGUCCGUCUCCUCGAAUAGUGACAAGGCCAUCACAUCUCUCUUGCCCCUCUACGAAGGCCAAUCCCUAAUCCGCCCUAUCAUCGCCUCAAACGAUCAGACUCGAAACUGGCAAUUCACCGUUAUGAACACCGGCGGCUCGAUGGUCGCCAUGCGCUCGGCCUCAGAACCAUACAGACUAAUUGUUCCACUUGUUCCAGAGGUGGAGUGGCGAUUCACCGAGAUCGAGUCUGAUCCGCAUGAGAAGAAACCCAUCAAAUCGUUUGAUCUGGAAUCUCUCAAAUCUGGUGUUGCGAUGCGACAUGGAUCUGAUGCUGUUCAGUGGGUUAACGAGGCUGCAAGGGCUGCGCAGUGGUGGGUUAGUGAUAACUGGAGGCGGUACGAAUAUUCGCCGUGA